CGUAUAUAUAAAGGCCGUUCUGGAACCUGACUGGCAUAACGCAAGCAGCCUUCGUCCAGCAGAGGUCCACUGCUUGAAAGAUAAACAUGAGGUCUUUGUUCGCCGUCCUGUUGAUAGCCUUGGUGGCUGACGCGGCUCCUGGCAUUGGCUAUGGAGGUCUUGGAGGACUCGGUGGACUUGGCUACGGAGGUCUUGGACUCGGCGGUCUAGGCCUAGGCCUAAACGGAGGAUAUGGUGGUGGAUACGGUGGUUACGGAGGUCUCCUGAGCGCUGGCAACUAUGCUAAUGGUUACAGCCAUUCUGAUGGUUACAAUCAUGGAAACCACAUUCUGAAAGGCUUCGGAGGAUCUGGUGGGCUGAACCAUGGCCAUCUUAACACACACUUCCUCGGGAAGCGAAGUGCUGAUCCAGAGCCCGGAUUACUCGGAGGACUUGGAUAUGGAGGCCUUGGAGGACUCGGUGGACUCGGCUACGGAGGACUCGGCGGUCUAGGUCUAGGCCUGAACGGAGGAUAUGGUGGUGGAUACGGUGGCUACGGAGGUCUCUUGAGCGCUGGAAACUAUGCCAAUGGAUACAGCAAUUCCAAUGGGUACAGUCAUGGAAACCACAUUGGUAACCAGUACGGGGGACUAGGUGGUCUGUCCCAUGGUCAUGCCAAUUUGCUUGGAAAAUGAAGCUCUGACCUUUGACCUGUAUCUGAAUGAGCCGUAAUUUGACCUUUGGAAGAACUUAUCGACGGACCCAUAAAAAAUCAAGGGAACACUACGGGUAUAAAAGAAUACGAAUGUAUGAGUAACUGAUGUUUCCUGAGAAUUAUUUUUUCCUUAUUGUACAUUGAGCAUUUAUAAAAAUACAUUUUUAUCUUUGCAGCAAA